GGAGGCGCUGUUGACUGAAGCGCAGUAGGACGCCAUCUUGAGGAGAUACCGAACGCAAGCCUCGGUUGGUGAUGACUGACAACAAUUUGAGCGCAUCAGAAUGAGAUUACCGGAUUUCAAGUGAACCCGAGUCACGUCGGCUUUGGGCUAUAAAUACUGGAGAGGGGCUAGAAGAGCUGUCGGACUAAUGUUCGCCGUGCCGGGUUGUUUUUAAGAAGCAAAACGCGCUGUAGCCUGAUGGCCGGCUAGCUGCCGUGUGGCCUGCUCGGGAGGAGGAAGGGUGGUGACGGCGCAAAAUGCUCCACUACCCCUGACUCCCAACCCUGACGGCUAUCCAAGACAGAGACUCGCUUCGAGUUGAACGACGAGCACAAUGCACCUAUAAUUUUUCCAAGUUGUGAAAUUUUCAGAUUUUUUUUUUCUAUUAUUAUUAUUUUUUAAAUUGUUUUUUUGCGGGGUGAUUUUGAGGCUCCGUGAAUGCCCGUGGCGCGUGCCCUGAAUUCCCAGCCCGAGACAUGUCAUCCAACUGCACCAGCGCAGCGCCUGUCAGCGCUAGCAAAACCAAGACGAAAAAGAAGCAUUUUAUCGGGCAGAAAGUCAAAUUGUUCCGAGCAAGCGAACCCAUCCUCAGCGUUUUAAUGUGGGGUGUGAAUCACACGAUUAACGAGUUAAGUAAUGUGCCUGUACCAGUAAUGCUGAUGCCAGACGAUUUUAAAGCCUACAGUAAGAUCAAAGUGGACAACCACCUAUUUAACAAAGAAAACCUUCCUAGUCGCUUUAAGUUCAAAGAAUAUUGUCCCAUGGUGUUCCGAAACCUGCGGGAGAGGUUUUGCAUCGAUGACCAAGACUACCAGAACUCUCUUACACGGAGUGCUCCCCUCAACAGCGACUCUCAGGGUCGCUUUGGCAGUCGCUUCCUCUCCAGCUACGACCAUCGAUUUGUUAUCAAAACUGUGUCCAGUGAGGACAUCGCUGAGAUGCACAACAUCCUAAAAAAAUACCACCAGUUUAUAGUGGAGUGUCACGGCAACACGCUGCUCCCUCAAUUUCUGGGUAUGUACAGGCUAACUGUGGACGGGGUGGAGACGUACAUGGUAGUGACCCGGAAUGUAUUCAGCCAUCGCCUCACUGUCCAUCGCAAAUACGACCUGAAGGGUUCCACAGUCGCAAGGGAAGCGAGCGACAAGGAAAAGGCGAAAGAGCUCCCCACUUUGAAAGAUAACGACUUCCUGAAUGAAGGCCAAAAGCUGCAAAUAGGAGACGACAACAAGAAGUACUUUUUGGAGAAGCUAAAACAUGAUGUUGAGUUCUUGGCCACUCUCAAGAUCAUGGAUUACAGUCUUCUAGUGGGGAUCCACGACGUGGACCGAGCAGAACAGGAGGAGAUGGAUGUGGAGGCUGGUGCAGAUGAGGAAGAGUAUGAGAAUGACGGGAUGUGUGGAGGCGUGCUCACUGGUUCCUUUGGCACACCACCUGACAGCCCAGGAAACCCUCUUAACUGUGGAUUCUUUGGGCCCGGGGACUUUGACCCCUCUGUUGAUGUUUACGCAAUCAAGAGCCAUGACAGUGCUGUCAAAAAGGAGGUGUACUUCAUGGCGAUCAUCGACAUCCUCACACAUUAUGAUGCGAAGAAAAAAGCUGCACAUGCUGCCAAAACUGUGAAACACGGGGCCUCCAAUGUCCUUAACAACCCACCCCCGACACCCACAUCCAAUCGCAUUCAGGCGGGGGCUGAGAUCUCCACGGUGAACCCAGAGCAGUACUCCAAGCGCUUCUAUGAGUUCAUGUCCAAUAUCUUGUCAUAGACUCUUCUCCACUCUGCCUGCCCAGCCAGUCAGUCACACAAGUGUACACACAAAUUAGUCCACCCGACUCCCCUGCGUAGGACAGUCUCUCUCGUCCUCACCCUCUUCAAUGGUUCCAUGGUUAGGUCAAGUUAUGUUUUGAGGCUGUUACAAAACCCCCAACACAAAUAAACAAGCCCCUCCCUAAUUUUGGAAAGAAAAUCCUUUGUUUCGAUGAAUUUUAAUUUUAAUUGUUGCGCCUCUGUUUCCCAGUCCGACUCUGCUACCUUAGCCCUCCUCUUGCCAGCACAGGAACUGUCUCACUGAUGCCUUGAACUCGUGUGUCCGCUUCAGCAGUCUCUUUAGCACCGUCUUCUCACUUUCUAUUCAUGCUGUUAUUCCUUUGAUUUGCAUUACACGCUUACAUGUACACAAACACAGUCAGAUUGCAUGAUGUACUCUUUACAGUCUUCUCUUUUAGUAUCAACAAAAGAAAAACAAACCUACUGCUGACAAUUUGGAAAAACCGGACAUAAAUUUUCAUAUUGAUGAUGUAUUACAAUAAGUAAUUGAAUGCAGUUUUUAACAAAUGCAUGGCUGACGUGCACAUGAGAAUCCACUAGCAAGUUUUUAACAUCAAACCACUGAAUUUAACAUCUGAGUGUUACAAUGAAAACAGGAAAAAAAACUGGUGUUGGAAUGUUAUGUUGCCAUAGUGUUUUUUUUUUUUUAUAUUUUGUAAUAUUAAACAUAAGCUUGGUGAAGGUUGGUCAAAGAUUCAUUGAAAAAAAGGGGAAUUCAGCAGCAAAUACAUGUUCUAUCACAAUAAAAAUCAUUUUUUUUAUAUCUUGUUUACAUUGAUGUAGCAAUUUUGUGUUUGUAUACAGUAUUGUUUUGUUACCGACAGACAUUAGAAAAGAAAAGGUUACUUGAAAACGAUUCAUUGCAUAUUAAAGGGAGUUUUAUCUUG